AUGGAGCCCGGAAAAUCCAGCGACGGAUACGGCGAAACAGAGAAUGCAUUGACAACUGUCUUACCACCAGUAGCUUGGAGUGGAACCCAAAGCGAUGGCAUUGGAGGGCGAGAGGAACAGGAACGGGACAGCUCUAACGGUUUCCCGGCUAGCGACGAUUUCGGUGCGACCGGCGCAGACGGAGCGGCGGGACGGACAAGCUCCAAUGAUAAUGACUUCAACCAGGCCUUGCUUUUCACCAACUCAUGCACUUUCGCUCCCCUCUUACUCCAUACCCCCUCCCUCUCCUGUUCCGCCCCUACCGCGUCCGCCAAUCCGACUAACACCCUCCCCCCCCCCCUCUCCCCCCUCCCUCUCUUCCCCCUUCCCCUCUGCCCUCUCCCCCCUCACACCUCCCCUUCAACACCCCCGCGUCUCCGCCGGCCCCGCUUCCGCCUUCCGCAGCCGCGCGAGGCCCCGUUUCCCCUGCGCCACCGCCACCGCCUGCAGCUGCACGUGGCCAUCCCCGGCAGUCCCGAGGGGCACGAUGGGGGAGCGCAAGGCGGAACCCACAGGGCGGGGGUGGCUGGUUCCGCUGCCGGCGCUAGUGCAGCGAAUGCGCGGAUAGGCGCAGGCACGGGCAUGGGGUUGGGGGGGGGCAUGGGUAUGGGUGGCGCAGGGAUAGAGACAGACAUUGGCGGCCUUCCAUGGAGCAUGGGGGAUGGGAUGGGGCCAUUCUUAUCUUAUUCAGGAGCAGGGGCAGCAGGAGCAGGAGCAGCAGCAGGGGGUGAGCUGAGUCCCCCCAGCAGGGCGGUGGAUGCUCUCAUCGGGAGCUCCGUGGAGUCUUUCCUCUUUGAUGACAUGGACAGCUUCUUUGGAGCAUCACUCAGCAUUGUCACCUCCCCUACUGUCACCUCCCCUCCUGUCUCCUCCGCUCCUGACAUCCUCACCCUCGAUCAGCCCUCCUCCCCUUCCUCCUCUCUCUCCUCCCCCACGCUCCCCUCCUCUCCCUCUGCUGCAACCGUCCCUGGAUCGACCACACAUGGGUCGUCCCAGUCACCCUCUCAUCCCUCCUCCACCCACCCUCCUUCAUAUCCGCCUGCUUCGGCCGCGUUCUCUGCAGCUGCUGAGUCAGGUGGUCCUGCCGCUGAGUCAAAUGGCCUAGCCACCGAGUCAGGUGGUGCGGACGCACGGGCUUCGGCUGAUUCCCAGGGACACGUGGCGGAUCAGGGAGCAGCAACAGCUGCAGCCGCAGCAGCAGCAAUAGCAACAACAGCAGGAGCUGGGGAAGGGGAAGCGGCAGGAGCAGGAGAAGCAGGGAGAGAGAGCGACACAGCACGAACCAGCACAGGGGGCAGUGAGGGAAGGCGGCAGGGGCAAGAAGCGGGGAAGAGCAUGGCGCCAGGGGGAUUGUCACUCCCCAACAGCAUCCACAGCGGCUCUACCAGCAAACCGGAGGCUCUGAACCGCCUGGGUGUGGGUCUGGAGGUCUUCCCCUCUGACCUCUGGAGCCCUUCUGAUGCUCAUGUUCGCAGCCCUUUUGGCAUUGGCAGCCCUGCUGCUGCUUCUGACUCGGCUCUGCCCUCCUCGCCCUCUCGCAUGCGUCGCCGCAGUAGGCAUGGGGUUGUUCCUGCGACGGGUGCUGCUGCAGGUGGUGUGGCUGGUGCGGGUGGGUCGGGACUGAGUGCCAGACUGAGCAGCAGCGGCAGCAGCAGCGGCAGCAGCAGCGGCAGCAGCAGCACAAGUGCCGUAGCUGCUUCGGUUCCCCCGCCUGCGCCUCCUCCUCCUCCCGAUUCGUCUUUUGCAUCUGCGUCCGUGGGGGUUGAGGGCACGGAACGUAGCGACAACCAUGGGAGCACGACGAGUAGCAGCAGCAGAAGCAGCAGCGGCGGUGGCGCCAGUGGUGACAGUCGGAGCAAGGGCGGCAGUGUGAGCCCCCGGGCGGCAGCUGACGUGGAGCUCACCUCGCCAAGCUUUUCCUCCUGGAACCUCUCAACUCUCCCCCUCCCUGCCGUCCCUCCUCUCUCCUCCCUUCCCCUGCCCGCCGUCCCUCUCCCUUGCUCCUCUCCCCUGCCUCCCUCUGUGCAUGCACCGGUUUUGUCUACUUCUGCUGCUGCUGCUGCUGCUGCUGCUGCUGAUGGUAGCAGAAGUGGGGAAGGCAGCAGUGGGGACAUCACUGGUCAAGCGAGCAGCAGCGAGGCGAAGCCUAGCGAGGCAACACGGGCAGAGCCAAGGGCAGAUGGUUGGGAAGAGGAGCACGGGGCACAGGGCUUACGCGGAGGGCACGGGCAGGAACAGGGAUUGGGAGGAGGGCAGGGGCAGGGGCAGGGGCAGGGGCAGGGGCAGGGGCAGGGGCAGGGGCAGGGGCAGGGGCAGGGGCAGGGGCAGGGGCAGGGGCAGGGGCAGGGGCAGGGGCAGGGGCAGGGGCAGGGACAGGUGCAAGGACAGGAGGCACAGGCAGCUUCCACCACCCGGCUCACCCUUCCAGCCUUCACCAGUAGCGAACUCCCCUGGCGGAGGGAAAAAACGCCUCCCCCGUUCACUCAACCCCUGGGGGUUGCAACAGUAGCAGCAACAGCAAGGGAGCAGAGCGGAGAGCGAGUGGCAGUACCAGCAGAGCCUGGUGGGAGCGAGGGAGGAGAAAGGGUGGAAGCAUUGGACGCACUUCCUUCCCCUCCUUCGUCUCCUGAGGUUCCUCUUUUUACACUUGAACCAGCCACCCUUGUAUCGUUUUCACAGAUGAGGGGGGCGGAUAGGGAAGGUGGGGCGCAGGAAGGGGACGGGAAGGCGGGAGAGGAUGCAGGGAAGAACGCCUCUCGCUCUGCGUCACACUCGGAAAUACCACUGGCCCGCUCUGAGUACGGUGCUGGGGACGAGCCCACCUCCCACUCCUUCCCCUCCAUCCGCGCGCUCAUUCAAGCUGCCUCCUCUGCCGCCCCUCCCGCUGCCUCUGCUGCUUCUUCUUCUUCUGCUCCUUUGGCUUCUGCUGCCUCUACUUCUGCCUCUGCCGCUGCUGUUGCUGCUAUUUCCUCUCCUCCUCCGCGCCCUUCAAGAAUGCUUCAAAAGACGGGCCGGAAUAGUCUUUCCCUCCCCGACUCGGUCCUUUCCCGGGCAGCAGAUGCUAUUCUGGCGGAGUCCAGAGGAAACGGGGCAGUGCCAUUUGGGGGUGAGAGAGAGAGAGAAAGGGAGAGGGACACGACCCUAUCCGCCUCUCCUCUCUCGCACACCUCUCCUAUCCCCCCUCCAAAGGAUCUUAGACUACUGGUGGUGGCAACAACCUCUGCGCAAGCAGCCUCAGCAUCAGUAUCAUCACCAACAGCAGCAGCAGCAGGUGCAGGAACCUUUCCAGAAGAACCCGCCGUGCGCUCCCCUCGGUGGAGCUCAAUGGAUGCCCCGGCUUCGCCUCGCCUCUCCUGCUUCCUCUCCCCCCGCCGCACCUUCCGAAACGAAAUGCGGCAGCAGCGAUGGGGGAGAGAUGGGAGGGACUUGAGGGAGGGGUCUGCUAGUCCUGGUUCCUCCCCUGGUGUAUCCCCUCGGGGGUUUAGGGAGGGAGUAGGGUUCAGGGGCGGGUUUAGGUCUUUGUCGGUUGGGGGGGAGGUGGGGACCGUGGGGUGGAAGUAUGCUGCUGGGAGCAGUGGGCUUAGGCAGGUGGAAGGGGGGAGGCGCACGGAGGACGAGGAAGGGAGAGCGGAUGAAGGGGAAAGAAUGGGGGAGGAGGGGACAAGGAGGGGGGAGGACGGGGGAAAGGAAGAGGCGGACCCUUCUGCUGUUCCUCCCCAUGCUGCUUCCCCCUCUGCUGAUCCCCCCUCUGCUGAUCCUUCCCCUGCUGUUCCCCCUCCUGCUCUCCCACCCACUGCUGUGGGACUUGCCUCGCCCCCACUUCACUCUAUGGUACCGCUACUGCAAUCCCUCCUGGCGCAACUAGACUCGACAGGCUUGUCUGGGGGAAAGGAAGAGGCGGAAGGGCAGCAGGAGGGAGUGUCGGAGGGCGUGGUGGGAGGUGGAGUGCGGUGGGAAGGAGCAGGCGGACGGGAUAGGGAGGGUGAGGCGGGUGAACUAGGUCAACGGGUUCGGAAGAGGGAUGCAGCGAGGGAACUCGAAAAGGCUCUUAGAACUUUCCUAGGCACGAUUGGGGAGAGCAGUGGAGGGGGGAGUGUGGCGGUGGCAGGGGGGAGUGGAGGAACAGAAGGGGAGGAAAGAGAGGGUGGUGACGAGACAAGGGUGCUUGGGAGGGAGGGAAGCGCAGGGGAGUGCAGAGCCCCGGGUGAUGACUUGUCAGGUGAAGUGUCAGGUGAGAGGGUAGGUGAAACGUCAGGUGCACGUUUGGGGGUGGUGGGGGAGAGAGGCGUGGGUGUGGAAGGAGAAGGGUUGGGCAGUGGGGAGGAGGAGCAGGGGAAGCUGUGUGGGACUGCAGUUGGGGAGAGAGGUAGAGACGAAGAGAGAAGGGGGCAGCAGGGAGAGAGGAGAGGGGCGGAGGGGCAUCAGGUAGUGACCCUUGACAGCAAUUGGGGAAGCAGUGUGAGCAGCAGCUUGGGAAGCAGCAGCAGCAGCUCAAGGAACAGUCUCAACAAGAGUGUGAAAAUCAGUGAGGAUAGCAGCCUAGGCAGCAGUGUGGCUUGUGGCGGGGACUCCAGUGCUUCUUCUGGUGAUGGUGCUGCUGGCGGUGGCAGCAGGGCAGGCGAGGGUACAGGUGAGCUAGAGAGUGGUAGGUUACUGUUGGUGAAGGGAGGAGUGUCGAUUGUGGGAGAUAGGGAAGGAGGAGCUGGGCUGGGGCCGGAGGGGAAGGGGAGAGAUGAUGGGGUGGGGAGAGAGGAGAGGCAGGGGAGGGAGACAGAGGAGUGUGGAGAAGAGGAGAGCGGAAAGGAAGCACAGAGGGAGGGGGAGGAGCACGAUGCGAGUGUGGAAAGGGAUGAAAAGGAGGAAAAGGAGCAGAGGGAGGGCGAUUCAUCGUCAGAGGAGGAGUUUUACGAGGCAGAGGAGGGGGGAGAUGGCAUGAGUCUGGGACUGGGGGAGGAGGAGGACGCUGUUGUUGACGCUUUUCUCAACUACCAGGAUGACGAUGAGGAGGCAGUGGGGGCAGGGGGGGCAGAGGCGGCGGAAGGGAAAGAGGGUGGAAAAGGGGGAGAGGGGUUGGGGGGACGAGAGGGGGCGGAGGAGGGAAAGGGUGGAAAGGGGGCAGAGGGGGAAAAGGGGUCUAUUUAUGAGGCGCCUCGAAAAGAGGGGCCAGCAGGAGGAAAGGACGAGACGAGGGGAGCAGUGGUGGGCGUUUCUCUGGAUUAUGGGGAGGGGACGGAGGAGAUGAAGACGCAGGGAGGAGGAAAGGAAGGAAGAGAGGGCGAGAGGAGGGGAGCAAUGGGGAAGGAAGAGGAAGGGAAGAGAGAGGAAGGGAAGGGAGAGGAGGUGGUGAGGAGUGGUUUGAAUGGAAGAGAUGAACUGGAGGAGGGCGAGAUGGCAGAUGGAGGAGAGACGAGGGUGGAGGAGAAGGGGGCGAUUGUAAUGGAGUCUAGUGUGGAUGGGGUUGAUGGCAAGAUAGAAGCAGCAGUGACUGGAUUUGGUAAAGGAGAAGAGGUGGAGGGAGAGUCAUUGGCAGAGGAAGAGGCAGAGGCAGGGAGAACGAGACACAGAGAGGCUGAGGUUGAAGAGGGGUUGGGAUCAGGAGAAAGGAGAGGAGAGGAAGGGGGAGAAGGGAUGGGUGAGGGGAAGGGAGAGGGUAACGAAAAGGGGAAGGAAGAGGGGAAGGGAGAGGGUAACGAAAAGGGGAAGGAAGAGAGGAAGGCUGGCACUACGGGUGAUGGGGCGCAGGGAGUUGAAGAAAAGGAACCAAGCAGUGGGGUGCUGAUCAGUGCCGGGGAGUUAGUAGGAGCAACAGGGGAUGAGGGACCGGAGGGUACGGGGCUAAAUACCGCAGUGUGUGCAGAGGGAAGGUCGGAUGGUGAGUCUGAGCGCGAUAGUUCAGGAACCGGGGUGAGGGAAGGCGUGGAAAAGUUGGCUCCAGGUGCAUUGCUGCUGCCUGAUGGGCUCACACCGACAGAGGACGAGGAGAGGGCACAAACAGCAGCAGCAGCAGCAGCAGCAGCAGCAGCAGCGGCGGCGGCGGCGGCGGCGGCAGCGGCGGCAGUGGCGGCGGCGGUACAGGGAGAUGGACAAGAGGCAUUGCUACCACCACAUUCAUCAGCACAGGCAGCAGCAGCAGCAGAAGAAGCAGAAGAAGCACCUGCAGGGGCGGCAGCGGCAGAAGCCACUGUCGCAGAGGCGAAAGAAGAAGGUGACACCCUCUCAGGACGUACACCGUCUCAAGCAUCACAAGCACGAGAAGAACCAUCGGCAGCAGGAGCAGUGGAAGCAGACAGACUGGAUAAGCUCACCCCCACCACUGUCCUUCCCCGCCCCGCUGCCACUCCCUCCAACACCCACACCACCACCCCCCCUAAGGCCCACUCCCCCUCUGAUCCCCACCCCUCUCCCUCCCCCAUAUCCUCCCUCUCCUCUCCUCUCCACUCCUCACCCCCAGCUCACACCGGCCCAGUUUCCCACUCUCCGCCAUCGUCCCACCCCUCCCCACCAUCCCACACAUCUCCGCAAUCCCACUCUUCUUCUUCCACCAACAACCCCCAUUCCCCUUCCCACACCUCUUCCAGCAAGUGGGGUGCGGGGGGGUCACUUCCCCGCCCCUUGCGUUCCUCCUCCCUCAAAGUCUCCUCGUCGCUCUCUCUCUCUGCUGCUGGCUCUCGACUCAUGUCCCGCGUCCGCUCUGUCACCCGGUCUAGAAGCAGUGGGGGGAGUGCGGGUAUGGGGGCGACCGGUGGAGGAGGGAGUGGGGAUGCGGGAAAUGGUGGGAGUCCAAGAGGGGUGGGGAGGGAUGGGGAGGGGGAGGAGAGGGGUGAGGAGGGGAUUAUGAGAGAUGGUCUGAGUGAUGAAGGGGGUGGAAAGGGAUUGGAUCAGUUGGAGAGCGGUGCUGAGGCGCGUGCAGUGGUAGCAGGUUUGAUUGAUGGUGAUGUGGCACCGAGGGUUGGAGGAGGGGCGGUGGGAGGGGGGAGAGAUGGGGAGGAGGGAGUGGAGUCGAGAGAAGGGAGAGACGGGGGGGAGACUGGGGGAGAUGACAGGAGUGACAAAGAAGGGAAAGGGCUGGAGAAAGGAGGUGAACCAAAACAGCUACAAUUCCAUCAGCAGCAACUACACGUUGGGGGGGACACUAAGGACAUGGACAACUCGACUUCUCCACUGCACACCAUGGACUCGUUGGCUGCUGCCCGGCGUAGAGCUGGCUUCACGUGCUGUGUAAGGCCGCAUGUGAAGGACAGCGUACUGAAUCCAGACAUCAGAGAACCCCUGUUGCAACGCGCCGCGGCGGCAACGACGCCGGCAGAUGCUGACGGAUCAGUAAACGGCGAGGUGACGUUAUCCGUCAACGAUUCGUCGGCAGGACUUGAAACGGCAUUGUCUCCGUCACCUUCGUCUUUCUCGGACGGCAAUCUCCUUCGCGAUCCGGGACAGCCUACUCAUUCCAAGUUCUCCGUCCGCGGCUUGACCAUCCAAUCCCCGAAAGGUGACGGAUCUCCGCCGCUCCUGUCGGACGUGAGCCUCGAAGUUCCACGUGGCAAAAUCACCGUUCUUGUCGGCCCUAGCGGCAGCGGCAAGACCACUCUCCUACGCACUCUUAAUCGCCUCACCGAGCCGCCUCGGAACUCCGUGUUCCUUGAUGGCACCGACAUAACUUCCUUGAAGCUUCCUGUUAUCACCCUCCGGCGCCGCGUUGGCAUGCUCUUCCAGACCCCGAGCCUCUUCGACGGUACCGUUGCUGACAACAUCAGGUUCGGGCCGAACCUCGAGGUUCGGCAGCUCCCAGACGAGAAGAUCCACGAGCUACUCAGUCUCUCCGGGCUCGAGCCGUCGUUCGUGGAGCGGGAUUCGCGGAGCCUAUCCGGGGGACAGGCGCAGCGCGUGGCGCUCGCGCGCGCUCUGGCGAACGACCCCGAGGUGCUGCUAUUGGACGAGCCGACGAGCGCGUUAGACCCCGCGGCGACUCUUAAAGUGGAGCAAGCCGUGCAGACGCUGUGCCGCGAGCGAGGCCUGACGGCGGUUUGGGUCAGCCACAGCGCGGAACAGGUGCUGCGCGUGUCGCAUUCGCUCGUGCUGCUGCGCAACGGCGCGGUCGCGGACGCGCUGCCCACGGCGCUGCUGCGUUCACCGGACCCGGCUCUGCGCGCCGCGCACCACCUCGUGCACGAGUUCCUGGGGGGCUUGCUCCAGGGCAGCGCGGACAGGGAGUAG